AUGAGUUUGAAAGUUAAUAUUCUCGGACAUGAGUUUUCCAACCCGUUUAUGAAUGCUGCGGGAGUUCUCUGCACAACAGAGGAGGACUUGCGUCGCAUGACGGAGAGCGAAAGUGGUUCACUUAUUGGAAAGAGUUGCACACUCGCCCCUCGUACGGGUAAUCCUGAGCCACGCUAUUUUGGUUUGCCACUAGGGAGUAUUAACUCAAUGGGGCUUCCAAACCUUGGUGUCGACUUUUAUUUGAGUUAUGCUGCACAGACGCACGAUUACAGUAGGAAGCCGCUGUUCCUCUCCAUGUCCGGCUUGUCUGUAGAGGAGAGCGUGGAGAUGGUGAAGAAACUCGCUCCGAUAACGAAGGAAAAGGGUACCAUUCUUGAACUAAACCUCUCUUGCCCGAAUGUACCUGGGAAACCACAGGUCGGAUAUGACUUUGACACAACACGUACGUAUCUUCAGAAGGUGUCUGAGGCAUACGGUUUACCGUUUGGGGUGAAGAUGCCACCCUAUUUUGAUAUUGCUCACUUUGACAUGGCAGCCGCCGUGCUAAACGAUUUUCCUCUCGUGAAGUUUAUCACGUGUGUGAACAGUAUCGGGAACGGCCUCGUCAUCGAUCCAGCCAACGAGACAGUCGUGAUAAAACCUAAGCAGGGAUUCGGUGGACUUGGAGGGAAAUACGUUCUCCCAACUGCACUAGCGAAUGUGAAUGCCUUUUUCCGUCGUUGCCCCGACAAGUUGGUGUUCGGAUGUGGCGGUGUUUACAGUGGAGAAGAAGCUUUUCUACACAUCCUCGCCGGUGCCUCUAUGGUACAAGUCGGCACUGCUCUGCAUGAUGAAGGUCCCAUCAUAUUUGCUCGACUCAACAAGGAACUGCAAGAAAUUAUGACAAACAAGGGGUAUAAAACCCUUGAUGAGUUCCGCGGACGCGUGAAGACGAUGGAUUGA